AUGGCGCACACCUCCACCACCACCUCCCUGCCGAAGCAUGAACUGCACCUGAGCCACAGGACACGUCACACCAGGCAGAAAGAAGACUUUCGACUUCCACGUUGGGAGAGUGACCUUCAGGAAGAGCAUGCCUCCAAAGCCCAGCCCACUUGUCACCUGAUGAGAGAGAGAGAGAGAGAGAGAGAGCAAGGGGUCACCCCCAGGACAAGGAAGAGAGGAAGGAAAGAAAGGAAGGAAGGAAGGAAGGAAGGAAGGAAGGAAGGAAGGAAGGAAGGAAGGAAAGAAAGAAAGAAAGAAAGAAAGAAAGAAAGAAAGAAAGAAAGAAAGAGCAAGCAGAGAAGCAAGGAAGGAAGGCUGAAGGAAGAGAGGAAGGAAAGAAAGGAAGGAAGGAAGGAAGGAAGGAAGGAAGGAAGGAAGGAAGGAAGGAAGGAAAGAAAGAAAGAAAGAAAGAAAGAAAGAAAGAAAGAAAGAAAGAAAGAAAGAAAGAGCAAGCAGAGAAGCAAGGAAGGAAGGCUGAAGGAAGAGAGGAAGGAAAGAAAGGAAGGAAGGAAGGAAGGAAGGAAGGAAAGAAGAAAGAAAGAAAGAAAGAAAGAAAGAAAGAAAGAGAGUGAGAAAGAAAGAAAGAAAGAAAGAAAGAAAGUGAGAAAGAAAGAAAGAAAGAAAGAAAGAAAGAAAGAAAGAAAGAAAGAAAGAAAGAGCAAGCAAGCAGAGAAGCAAGGAAGGAAGGCUGAAGGAAGAGAGGAAGGAAAGAAAGGAAGGAAGGAAGGAAGGAAGGAAGGAAAGAAGAAAGAAAGAAAGAAAGAAAGAAAGAAAGAAAGAAAGAAAGAAAGAAAGAGAGUGAGAAAGAAAGAAAGAAAGAAAGAAAGAAAGUGAGAAAGAAAGAAAGAAAGAAAGAAAGAAAGAAAGAAAGAAAGAAAGAAAGAAAGAAAGAAAGAAAGAGCAAGCAAGCAGAGAAGCAAGGAAGGAAGGCUGAAGGAAGAGAGGAAGGAAAGAAAGGAAGGAAGGAAGGAAGGAAGGAAGGAAGAAAGAAAGAAAGAAAGAAAGAAAGAAAGAAAGAAAGAAAGAAAGAGAGUGAGAAAGAAAGAAAGAAAGAAAGUGAGUGAGAAAGAAAGAAAGAAAGAAAGAAAGAAAGAAAGAAAGAAAGAAAGAAAGAAAGAAAGUGAGAAAGAAAGAGAGUGAGAAAGAAAGAAAGAAAGAAAGUGAGUGAGAAAGAAAGAAAGAAAGAAAGAAAGAAAGAAAGAAAGAAAGAAAGAAAGAAAGAAAGAAAGAAAGAGCAAGCAGAGAAGCAAGGAAGGAAGGCUGAAGGAAGAGAGGAAGGAAAGAAAGAAAGAAAGGAAGGAAGGAAGGAAGGAAGGAAGGAACCAAGGGGGGGGGAGGAAAGAAGCAAGCAAGAAAGAAAAGCUGAAGGAAGAAAGCAAUGAAGGAAGGAAACAAGUAAGGAAGGAAGCAAGGAAAGGAGGGAAAGAAGGAAGGGAGCGAGUGGAGGGCAGCUCCUGCAUGGGAAGCUCAAGCCAGGCCAGACGCGUGCGGAAGGCAUCCCCGAACAGCAAGAAAGGGCAGCAUUACCACACGUGUGCAACUUGGAAACAAUUCCCUUGUCAAAGCUUUUGCUGAAGAAGAUCCUGCGUAUACUUACUUACUUACUUACUUACUAUAGCCUUCUCCAAAUCCAGGGAUGGCGGGGCUUCCAUCCGCCCAGCUGCAUCCGAAGGAAAACGCACUCCAUCCAGGGGUGGUACAAGUUGAGCCCGGCCCCGUCUACACUCCCAUAUAAUCCAGUUUCUGAAACCGGAUGAUCUGCUUUGAACUGGAUGAUAUGGCCGUGUAGAUCCAGAAUCCUGACAUAUUCCAAAGUUGUCCAGACAAAUGGCUGAAACAGUGAAAACUUUUGCUGGUACUUUGAUGUGUAAACACUACGUUUCAUGCACAAAAUUAUUUUAAAAUAAUAUAUGUCUGUUUCCACAUAAUUGUUGUUGUUGUUGUGUGCCUUUAAGUCAUUUCAGACUCUGGGGGAGCCUAAGUCUAAAAUUAUUUAUUUAUUCAUUUACUACAUUUAUUUACUACAUUUAUAUCCCGCCCUUCUCACCCCAAAGGGGACUCAGAGCAGCUGUAUGUACAUACAAGAUAUUAUAUUAUUAGCAUAGCACAAUAUUAGCAUUAUAUAUUAUUAUAUUGAACUAUACCACUAUACUGUAAUAUUAUAUGUAAUAUAUAACAUAUAAUUAAUAUUAUUAUAUGGUAUUAUUAUUAUUAUCUAUAUAUAUAAAAGAGUGAUGGCAUCACGGCGACCCACAAAACAACAAAACUACAGGCCCCCCAACCUCGAAAUUUGACAACACAACCCAUCAUCCACGCCUCUAGGUUGAUACAACAAAAAGAAAAGAAAAAUAAAGUCCUAAUUAGAGAGAGAGAGGAAUAAUUGCUUUUAUCCAAUUGCUGCCAGUUAGAAGGCUAAGCUCCUCCAACUUGGUCUCCUAGCAACCCAAAAAAAAUAAAUAAUAAAAAACACUAAAAAAAUUAAUACAAUAAAAUACUAUAAUAACAGAAAAUAACUAAAAAUAAUACAAGAAAAUAAUAAAAUAUAAUAAAUAAAAAUAUAACUUACAAUAAAAAUUAAUUUAAAAAAAUGCAAAUAAUGUCAAAUAAAAAUUACACAACAGUUUUUAACCAAUAUCACCACCACUUUGCCACAGCAACGCGUGGCCGGGCACAGCUAGUUAGUAUUAUAUUGUAUAAAAUGAUAAUAUUAUUAUCAUUAUCAUAUGUAUAUACAAUAUAUUAUUAAAACUGAUAUAAAAAUAUUAUACUAUAAAUGAGGGCAGGGGCCAGGUAAAUGACCUUGGAGGGCCGCAUCCGGCCCACGGGCCUUAGUUUGGGGACCUCUGCUUGAGUGUUUCGUAUAAUGUAGCCAACUUGGAAAUAAAAGCAUUUUAAAUAAAACCACUCACCUUGAUUUGGGUACAAGAAAAUAUUGGGACUCACAUUGAACGUGAUGGAAUCAUGGAUGCAAAUAAUACACUACAAAUACACCAACCAACCCUUAACAGAGAUUUAUUUAUUUUCUGGGCAAACUUUUGUUUCCUUCCUAAACAUGAUGUCUACAUGAAAACAUACAAAUAAGGAACGCGGCCCAACCGAUCCAAGCGAACGGCCUCCUAGGAAAUAAAGGAAGCCGUAUUUCUUAGACUCAAACAACUAGGUAUAGACAAAAUACGACAUCUGUAAGAAAAUAGCCUUGCAAAGGAUUUGCCUGGAUUUUGCAAGGAUGAUCGUUUCCAGAAAUGACACUUUCGAAUAGGAUCCUGCUUCUCAUUUGAACUGGUUGUCAAUCAGGGUGCCUUUCAUCUUGGCCUUCUUCGCUUCCAGCUCAGCCUGGAUUGAAAACCAAACAAAAAUAAAUAAAGGGAGGAACAAAAAGAAUGCAUGAGUUCUCUCAUAUAUAUAUAUACCGUAUAUACUCGAGUAUAAGCUGACCCAAAUAUAAGCCGAGGCACCUAAUUUUACCACAAAAAAACCUGGGAAAACAUUGACUCCAGUAUAAGCCGAGAGCGGUAAAUUUCAGAAAUAAAAACAGAUACCAAUAAAAUUACAUUAAUUGAGGCAUCAGUAGGUUAAAUGUUUUUGAAUAUUUACAUCAAGCUCAAGUUUAAGAUAAGACUGUCCAACUCUGAUCAAGUCAUUAUUCUCAUCUUCUUCAAUGUCAAUGUGCUUAUGUAUCCUUUUAAUAAUGAUAGAGUAAAAUAAUGCAUGUAAUAAUAAUAAUAAUAAAUACAGGAAAAUAAUACAUGUAAUAAUAGAGUAAAAUAAUAAAUGCAAUAAUAAUAAUAAGAUCAGAGUGAAAUAAUGAAUGUAUUAAUAAUAAUACAUGAAAAUAAUACAUGUAAGAAUAGAGUAAAAUAAUAAAUGCAAUAAUAAUAAUAAUAAUAAGAUCAGAGUGAAAUAAUAAAUGUAUUAAUAAUAAUAAAAAAGAGUAAAAUAAAUGUAGUAGCAACAAUAAUAGAGAAAAAUAAUAAAUGCAAUAAUACCAAUAAUAGAGAAUAAUAAUAAAUGUACCAUAUAUUUUUGAGUAUAAGCUGACCCAAAUAUAAGCCAACCAGGACCCUCACCCGGGUAUAAGCCGAGGGGGGCUUUUUCAGUCUUAAAAAGAGGGCUGAAAAACUAGGCUUAUACUCGAGUAUAUACAAUAUAUAUAUAUACACACACACACACACACACACACACAAAAGGUGAUGAUGAUGAUAAUCUAUAUAAAUAUAAAUGUAAUGUACGUUUGUAGGACUGAGUAAACAACAAAACCACUGAACCAAAUCACUCCAAAUUGGGCCACAAAAGACAUAGUCACCCAAUCUAUGUCUUUCAAACAAAAAACCUGGAAAAUAAAGUCCAAAUUAGAGAACAAGGAAGAGCCGUUUUCAACCCUGGUUGCAGGUCAGAAGGGUAGGCCCUGCCCCCUUUAGGUCCCGCCCACUUCGUCUCCUAGCAACCCUCGGCCACAAUGGCACCAGGGUACAGCCAGGGUUCAGGCUAUUGAGACUGCAAGGCUAUUCACUGCUAUUCCACCUGGCCAACAAAGCAUUCCCAUACGCCACAGCAACACAUGGCACAGCUAGUAAUAAUAAUAAUAAAGUGAUAGGACUAAGGAUGGACUCACCAGCUCCUGCAGCCGCCUUUUGCUCAUGCCCUUCCGCUCGAGCUGCUUCUCAAUCACUUUGGCAUUCUGUGCAUACGAGUCUGCAAUUUCCCGCUGGAAAGAAAGACACCCGAGACGGACAUUAAAACAUUGGCAAUCGCGGAAAACACUCGGCAGCAAGAACAAAUACAAUUUUAUAAUAAGCUGAAUUGUGUAUUAGAUUUCAUUGGAAGCAGAGCUCUUCCUCUUGGGAUCAUUAGACAAACAGAUACUGAAACAUCAAGCAAGAAUAUUCCUUGAUAUGAGCACAACAACAAGAAUUGGAUAUGGAAACAAAAUUAUGGAAACAGCAAAGCAUAACGACACCAGAAGAUUGGAUUACAAAAGCGUCUUGGCUGGAAAAAUAAUGCAAUGACUUCUCUUUAAGCCAUUAGGAGAGCAACAAACAAAAUGUAUUAUUAUUAUUGUUGUUGUUGUUGUUGUUGUUGUUGUUGUUAUAAUAAUGUAAUACAAUAUUAUACUAAUAAUAAUAUAUAAUAAUAUUAAUUAUAUAUUAAACCUAAUAUUACUAAUAAUAUUACAGUAUAGUGGUACAGUACAAUAUAGUAAUUUAAUGUUUAUAUUGUGCUAUGCUAAUAAUAUAUUGUAUGUACAUUUUGAGUUGUAAGCCGCUCUGAGUCCCCUCCAGGGUGAGAAGAGCGGGAUAUAAAUGUAGUAAAUAAAUAAAUACAAUAAAUAUUGUAUUAUUAUUACUGCAUGGCUUGUUGUGCAUAUCUCGAAAACACUGAUCUGCUGAUUAAACUCGUCGGCCACAUCUGGGAAUUUUAAUGCCAUCGUCUAAGGUUUUGUUAUUAUUUAAUUGUUUGAAUUUUAUUAUCAUGUAGGUAUGUAUUAUUAUGUUUAUGUAAGGCACGAUUGAAAAACUAGAAAUGUAAGACACUAUAGGCAUUUCUUGGCUGAAUAAAUAAAGUCUCCACGUGGAGACAAAAAGCGGUGAAUAAACACACACAACAACAACAAUAGAUAUUCAAUAACAUUAUUUCCUUUUAUACAUGUUACGCUUCUUGUGAUCUGGUCAUGUAAGUGUGAUUUAUUGUUAUUAUUGUAUUAUUUUACUUUGUUUAAUAAUGUGUAUUAUGUUGUUAUGUAAUGUUUGUGUUUGCUUUUAUGACUGUAAACCGCCCUGAGUCUCAUCCGGGAGAUAGGGCGGUAUAUACAUAAAGUUUUAUUAUUAUUUAUUAUUAUUAAGGACAAACUCACCGCUUCAAUCUCUUCCUCUUCCUCAUCAAUCGUGGAAACGGUCACUGAACUGAAUUUGCCCAUGUCCUUGGUCCGCUUCGUCAUCAUCACCUGGAAAAAGGAAAGAGACAGAUCGGUCUCCAAAAUUUGGAAAAUAUUUCUAUUCCUGGCUUGAAAGAAUCAUUUCUUGUUCCAUUGUGCAGUCCUUCGUUUGAAAGUAGUUAUAUUGUGUUUACAGAAUUUUUGCAAUGUUUGUGUGUUGGGACUGUGCUGUGACUCACCUCGAUGAGAGGCGAGUAAGAAGUAAAAUUAUAAUUAUAAUUAUUA